UGCGAGCGAGUUCCAUUUGUAUCUUGUCGUUUGCAACCAAAUAACUCCGGUUUUUGCUGUUUGUUUUGUUGCUUUUCUGCUGUCGCGCUGCCGUCACUGCUCUGUCUGCCUGUAGUUGUGUGUGUGUGUGUGUAUUUCAUAUGGAUUCGUUUUCGGGAAAAAUGUUUCAUUGAGGUCCAGCCGGUUGGGCGCUCUUCGCUCAACGCUCAUUCGUUGUACUCUGGUCGCGCGGUGCGGUUGUGCGAUAUAUUUCGUAGUUAGCGUUGCGCCAACAACCAGUAUACCUGCCGAACGCAAUUUUCGUCGCUUCAAAUUAAAUUCAGUGUGAUUUUGUUUGCAUGAAUAUACGUAAUAGAAAUUAUACAGUGUGUGAGUGUGCGCGCAAAAUAUUAAAUUAAACGGAUUUUCCAGAAAAUUGUGAAGCUGCAAUUAAAAUAAAAAAAAUCUGCCAACGAACGUGUGUGUGUUGUUGCUACGAAAAAGUUAGUGAUUUCAACAGUUUAACAAAAAAAAAAACCAAAAAUCAAACGAAAGCAUAAUUAGUUGCGAAACUCUGUAAAAGUAGAAAUUAUUGUGUUGUAUUUAAUAUUAUUAUGCCAUAGUUGUUCUUACUUUACACCUCAUUCCCACGUAACACCGUUAAAACUCGCUAAGUGUGCCUUGAAUAUAUCACCAACUUACUAAAUAAUCGUGCCAGCCAACAACAAUUGUAACACCUCAAAACCUCCCUCUUGCUCAGCGUAUACGCCUGGAGAAAGCACUGCCUUCAGCCCUCCACCUAUAUAGUCCACGAAUCACUUGUGUCACACACAUAUUUACUGGCGACGUCGUUAACCUUGUCGCUGCCAUAGUAAACCGGCAAACAGUACGAAAAGUAGCAAAUUUCAAAAUAUUAGAAUUUUUUGUUUACGUUACACACACCCGCCGGAAAGCCGCGCGGCGCGCUCACAGUUGACAACGCCAACAACGUUACAGCCGGCAAUUUUAGACAUUUUUACGUGUUUUUCGUAUUUACAUUUGUGCAUGCGUGUAUUACAUACAUACAAGUAUUUGCAAAUAAUGAUGCAACACUCAUAUUAACAACAACUACAAUAAAGCGUAGUGUGAAUACAAAGCCAUAACAAUUAGCGUAUUCGAGUCGAGGGAGGUGUUUUCGACAAGCGUGUGUUAAAAUCAUUUGCAAACACGGACAAGCAGACACCAAAAAAGCGCCGAUAAAAACGAAAAUCUGAAAUAGCAGAACACAAAAAAAAAUACAGUAGCAAAAAAAAAAAUUAACAACAACUCGCACUUGUGUGAAAGCAAGAGCAAGCGCUACUUCAAGCAAACAAACGUUCAGCGCUACAUACAUACACUUGAUUUGCCAGCCGUGUGUUAACAUUAUGCAUCGCCUAAACAGAACUUUAAGUGCUGCACCAAUACUUGGCUCGCGCCGCAAAACGAUGAGCUCCAAAGGCAAACAGCGCGCCGUGCCUGCUGUCGCCAAAUGGCGCACGCCAGCUACUGCCAAAAAAUAUUUCAAUUUCAAUUACUGCUCAUUUACGUUAUUAACAUACCUAAUUUUAUUGUUCUGCUGUGUGUGUGUUCGCGCACAAGUUUUUAACAACGCGACCGAUGCUGUAGGUGGCAUAGAGGUACCGCGUACCUACGCCGUGGCCUCGGUACCCGGUGGUUCGUCGAUAAUAGACCAAUUUAUGCCCAACUGCACCAAAGUUGCACCCGUCUUCAAAGCGCGCGGCAUCGAUCAAGCGGAGCUACCACUCAAACCCAAUAAUGAAAUGGGUCUGCGCUACUGUGAAACACCCUCGGUCGGCACUUGUUGCACGUUCAAUAUGGAAACGCGUUUGGCGCUGCAAUCGCGCAUGCAGCUGGAGAAACAGUCCAAGGAGCAGAUAACGAAAUUGUCAAAUGCUUUGGCGGCGAAAGCGCAGAAAUAUAAUUCUAUCUUUCGCAAGCUAUUGGGCGAAUCGAAAGAGGAGUUCCACAAGAUGUUUACACGCACCUAUGGCGUUAUCUAUCAGCAAAACUCCUAUGUCUUCUCCGAUUUGUUCAACGAAUUGGAAAACUAUUACAACCGUGGGCGCGUCGAUCUGCUGGAAGUGAUGGACAAAUUCUUUAAUACACUCUACCAGAAAAUGUUUCAAGUGCUGAACGGUCAAACGUUUGAAGAAAAAUUUCUAAAAUGCGUCAGCGAACAUAUGAAAGAACUGAAACCCUUCGGCGAUGUGCCCGAUAAAUUGGCUGUACAAAUCAAACGUUCCUUUGUGGCGACGCGCACCUAUUGGCAGGCGCUGCAUACCGCCGCCGAAGUGUCCAAGAAGAUGAUGAAUGUUCGCCUGAAUGCCGACUGCACGGCCGCGCUUACGAAAAUGCAACACUGCGGCGCCUGUAAGGGCUAUGCGGAAAAGCCUUGCACAAAUUACUGCGUCAAUGUAAUUAAAGGUUGUUUGCACUAUGUGCACGAAUUCGACACGGAAUGGGAGAAUUUCGCCAUCGCCAUGGACAAAGUCGCCGAACGCUUGCUGGGCUCGUUCAAUAUUGUCAUGGUUGUCGAGCCGAUUAAUAUCAAAAUCUCCGAAGCGAUUAUGAAUUUUCAAGAAUCCAGCCAAUCAAUCACCUCGCGCGUCUUCGAGGGCUGCGGACGUCCUACUAUCGGCCGCACGCGCCGUUCGGUCAGUCCAAAGUUUAGCCAACCCAUUUACACCCAGCAACAGCCACAUGCGCAGUCAACGUCGGUGGUUCUGACCAGCUCCGAUUCGAAAGUGAUACGCAAACGCGCCACGCUGGACGUGCCAGCCGAGCAAAUCGAAUCGGAUAUUUUGGAUAUUGACGCGGACGUUGACGAUGCGAUUGUGUUGCGUGAACGGCGCGCCGCUGAACCCAUCGCAGAGGAGCAGAGCGCGGAUGGCGUUAAAACAAAUGAUGAUGCGGUUGUUGGCGCGGGUGCGGCAGGCAAUGGUGGCGGCCGUGGCGGCGGACGUGACAAGCAGCAGCGACGCAAGAACCAGCAAAAUCGCAAAAACGACGAUGACAAUGGACGCGAUCCGAAUCUCGAUAAGUUGGUGCGCGAGAUUAGACAGCGUGUGAAGGAAUCGAAGAAGUUCUGGUCAAAUCUACCGCAUCAGAUUUGCAGCAACGAUGAAAUCUCCACAUCCUCGGAUGUCGACGGCAUGUGCUGGAACGGACACACGAUCGAUAGAUAUAUGCACCCAGUGACAAGCGAGCAGAGCCGCAAUCCCGAAUUCCCUGGCAAUCCAGCCACUACAAGUCAAACAUCGCAAGUUGCCACACAACUUUUCUACCUGAAAAAUGUUAUCAAUCAUCUGCGUAACGCGUACAAUGGACAGGACGUGGACUGGAGUGAUCAAGAAGAUGCUCUCUAUGGCAGCGGUGCUGGCUCUGGAGCAGGCAGCGACGACGAGGACGACGAUGAAGGCUCCGGUCUCAGCGGCGGUCCAUUCACACCACCACAUAUGAAACCCACCGAUCGUCCCGGCUCUUUGCCAGCGAAUAACAUCGAUGAUGAGGAUGAGGAAGAUGUGGAAGAGCGACGCAUUACAGACAGCUCGCAUACGACACGUCCCAAAUAUCCAGGCAGCGUCGGUACGGGUGAUGGUGCCGCUGCUGGCGGUGAUACGAACUCUAUUGAUGAGGACGAGGAUGAUGUCGACGACAAUGAUUUGAAUGAGCAGAAGAGUGAUAGUGGAAACGCGGGCGCAAAGACUGCGCCUAAAAUGACUUUACGACGCGCGUUAUUGUUGUAUCUGCUGCCGCUAUAUAUGGCGUGGUUUGGUGGUGUUGUAGCCGAUAUGCUGUGAUUUGUUGUUGUUGCUAUUGCUUAAGUCGUAUUAAGGACACGGACAAACAGUGUGGCGUCGAAUUUGUAUGUAUUAUAGCUUGUGUUUUGUGGUUAAGUGGCAGCAAUGGCAGGAGAGUGGAAAUUGUGUGAGCGGAAGUAUGGUAUGAAAAUAACGUAGCAUGCUUUCAGGCGCCAAAAGUGAUUUGUGCUGGAAGCCCGAUGAAACGCAAACGUUUUUUCGACAUUUACCUCAAAGAAUUUGCAGACACUUAACAUUUUAUUAUUAAUUUUGAAAUGAAAUUUUUUCACUUAUUCUAAUUUUCAUAUCACACUGCGGCCGCUUAGAUUUCGACACUAAAUUCCACUUCCAAGCUAACUGAAAACACACAGCAAGUUAUUAUACAGCAGAUUCCCAUAAUUUUUCGACUUAUGUUUGGCAUGCUGCAAUCUUUGUAUUUUCAAUGUUUCAUUGUAACAUACUUUUAGGCGCUUUAACAAUUACUCGAACAAAAGCCUAGCAGCGAAGCUCAAAAACUUGCAACACUACAGCAGUUAGUGAAUGCCAAGUGAAAGUCUGCUUUUAGGCGCAUUUCUAUGUCAACUUGUAUUAUAACUACUUAUUUGGCUCUUUUAUGCAUAACACAAAUUACAAGAACAAACAUGUUUAGCAUAGGAAUGAGAGAAAAAAUUAUAAAUUGAACUUGAAGCGAAGCAAAUCAUUUAUAUACGUAAACAAGAAAACAGUUUUAAAAAGUUCAAUAGCUGAUAAGCAUAAAAUUAUAAUGAAUUAAUUUAAAUUAAUACUUAUGUACCAGCAAUUAUGCUUGAAAGUACAUACAAACUGUAGUUGUGUGUGUGUGUGUGUUAAAGAGAGGCGUGCUUAGCCAAUGUCUGUAUGCAUAUGUGUGUUUGUAGUUGUGUGAGAGUGAAAGAAUGUGAUAAUUUUAUGGAAGCUUUGAGUUUUAACUUUCGUUUUAAAUUUUUGUUGUAAAAUAAUGUGCGUUAAGUGCAUAUUUCUGUAAUAUAUUUAAACUAAUAUUAACUGAAAACAAUUUGUGAAAUAUGUGUGUUGAAAAGCGAAAAGUAGUAGCAUUUUAGGCGCUCUAAAGGAGUGUAUAACUAAUAAGUUUAUAAUAAUUUAUAUAUUAUAUAAAAAUAUUUUCUAAUAAAAAAAAAACUGAUAUACUUAUAUAUUAAAUAAAUAAACUGUACUAUGAUUUUUUUUUGUUUUUACGUUUGCGUGCGUUUCAAAUGGGUAAAAAAUAAAUUUUACUGUAAACAUAAUUAAUGUAAGCUAGGCAUAACGGCACUUUAGGGAAGUAUUAGAAUACGAAAAUGUUAAUGAAGAGUUAUUUUUACAGAAAUAUGUGCUUGCAUGGAGACUAAAUAAAGUUUUGUAAAAUUUUCAAAACAUUUUGGGUUUUAAAAAAUAAUUUUAUUUCAUUAUAUGUAUGCUUAACGCUAAUGGACUUUCGAAAAACUAAGAAAAAAUAAUUAUUUAUUUGCGUUCAAACAAUAUUUCGCUGCUCGUGUUGAAUUUGUAUGAAAGUUGAUAUUUGUCUUUGCACAAAAAUAUGAAAAAAAUAAGAAAUAGCAAUAACUCAAACAAAAAUACUUUUAUACCUGUGGAAACCAUGAAGUAUACGUAAAAUCUGUAUAGUAUGAUAAGCAUAUAAUAAUGAAACAAUCAAAUUUUUACACAUUUAAAAGUUCCGUUAGUUAAUCUUAACAUGGCGCAUUUUUGUUGUUUUUAAAAAAAAAAAGUAUAUAUUUUAUGCUAAAGUUUCGAAUGUUAUCGUUUUCAAAAAUUCGUAUUUUAAAUUAAAGCAUACCUUUAGGCUGACCUCUCAGCUUUACUGAAGUAAUAAAUGUUUCUAUUUCGAAUUUUGAAUAUUUGCAUAAUUUAGUUUACUUUAACUAACGGAAAAAUAAUUGUUUAUGCAUGCAUUUAUGCUGUAAGCGUAAGUUAGUGUUAGCUGUAGUUAUGACCGCUUACUGCAAUUAUGUGCUACAUAGUAUAUAUUUAUAUGCAAAUUAAAUACAGCCAUUAAUUCAUCUUCUUUAAUUUAUGAACAUAUUAUAGAUAUACAUACAUAUAUAUUUAGUAUAUGAAUAUGCAACUGACACUUGUGAGGAGUAGAAGAGAAUGUGAUGAUUAUGAAAAUUUAAAAUAUAACAAAUAAAUGUAUACAAAAUA